ACUAGAAAGCGCUUGUUCUUUCCAGCACUGCUUCCAUUCCAAAAGAAAGCGCGAUCUCAGCAAUUUUCAUUCUACGCAUAAUUAAUAAAUUAAUAAACAGUAAACUUUUUCUGAGAAUUAUGGAUGAUUCAUAUCCCAUUGGCCCCCAGCUGCUCAAGGAGCCCGUUUCCUUUAACCAACUCGUCGACAAUGGCGUUGAGUUCGAGUUGGACUUGGCGCAGCAGCAUAGCGCCAGCAAUGAAAUGGGUCUGGAGAGCGACAGCGACUACGAGGACGCCGAGGACGUGGACAGCGAGGCGCUGCUUUCCCCGUGGACGCAGUCCUUCGAAGAGCUGCGUGAACUGAUGAUCAAGAUCAACGAGUUUAUGCACAAGCGGACCACUCGCGAGGGUCACGUGGACCGGGAUGUGGUGCCGGAUAAGGCCAGGGUGUCGGUCCGGUACAGUUUCUACUGGGAGGGCAUGGGCGCUCCCUUUGACUCUUCCAUGCUGCGGGGAACCAAAUUCGAAUUCGAGACUGGCCAGAAAUCAGUGGUCAUGGGCCUAGAGGCAGCUGUGCUCACUAUGCGUCCCUACGAACAGGCCGAGUUUAUCAUCUCCUACAAGUUGCUAUUCGGGGAACUGGGCUGCCCACCUAGGAUCAAGCCCAUGGCGGACGCACUCUUGAAGGUGGAGGUUAUUGACUAUUCGCUUAUAGGAGAUGCGGAGGCCAUUAAUGGGAUCCCUAAGGAGGACCGCGACAAGUUCUGUGUGGUAUAUCCGAAGGCGCAGGACAUGCACCUGCAUGCCAAGGAUUGCGUGAAGCGCGGGCGCUAUCGCGAUGCGGCGUCUACCUUUGAACGGGCUAUCAAUUCCCUGAACUACUGUCGUCUGGCCAAUGACGAGGAGGAGCGCAGGCAAACCGAUCUGUUGAUUACCCUGACCCAAAACCUGAUGGUCGUUUACAACAAGCUAAACAGGCCGCAGCGCGCCUGCAUCAUGAUGAAGUCUCUGCGGCGCCUGACCGAAAACAAUCCAUCCUGCAAGGCGCUCUUCCUGGAGGGACGUGCCCUGGCUGCUUUGGGGGAGUACGACCGGGCCCGAGACGCCUUCGUGCAGGCGCAGGCAAAGCAGCCGGAGAACAAGGAGAUCAGCGAUGAAAUCAUACGAAUGAAUAAGAGAAUCAGCCAGUACAAGGAGGCUAGUCGUGAACUUUGGUCGCGGGCUUUCGCGAACAAAGAAAAAGGUGCUCCAAAAAAGGGAGCUCAUCAGAAAAAGGAAGUCGAUGAAGAUGUUUUCAAGAAUGAACUCGAAGAAGUGGUCCAGGAUUUCGAGACCUCUGACGAGCAAGAGAUACACUUUUCCCGUAGAACUUUUACGGACGCCCAGUUUGAAACGGUUUGUAACGUGGCCAAAGAUUUCAAUAUGAAGCUAACUUUGUCUCACCUUCACGAGGAUGUCUUGACUUUGUCUAAGGGGGAAGUCAAGUUGGACUAAAUUUACUAAACAAACCAGUAUUACAAAUUUUAUUUUAUAACGCACUUGAUAAAAAGCAAAACGUUCCAAAUAUGAAGGUAAUCUUGACCAAAGAACUGUACCUUAUGUUAAUACAUGCAACAUGGUUAAAAUUACUAAACAAACAAGUAUUACAAAUUUCAUUUCAUAACGCACUUGAAAAAAAAUCAAAUCGUUCCAAAUAUGAAGGUAAUUUCGACCAAAGAACUGUACCUUAUGUUAAUACAUUCAACAUGGUUACCUGCAACUACUUAACAUUUUCUUUAAAAAAAAAAAA